UUUAUGUUCACCGUUCUUCAAGUUAUUGGCAAAAAUGGCGGAAAUAAAGUCACGUCGCGUCGCACAAACAGAAGAUUUAUCAAAUGUUGAGUUCGAAACCAGUGAAGAUGUGGAAGUUAUCCCCACGUUCGAUAAUAUGGGGCUUAGAGAUGAGUUAUUGCGAGGAAUCUACGCUUACGGUUUUGAAAAACCGUCAGCUAUUCAACAGCGAUCUAUCAAACCCAUUAUGAAAGGACGAGAUGUGAUCGCACAAGCUCAAUCUGGUACAGGAAAAACAGCGACAUUCUCAAUUGCUAUACUACAAUCUUUGGAUACACAAGUCAGAGAAACACAAGUAUUAGUUUUAUCCCCCACAAGAGAAUUGGCAACACAAAUACAAAAAGUUAUUCUGGCAUUGGGAGAUUUUAUGAAUGUUCAAUGUCAUGCCUGUAUUGGAGGCACUAACCUAGGAGAGGAUAUCAGGAAGUUAGAUUACGGGCAACAUGUAGUAUCUGGAACACCUGGGAGAGUAUUUGAUAUGAUAAAAAGACGAGUCCUCAGGACUAGGGCAAUAAAAAUGUUGGUUCUUGAUGAAUCGGAUGAAAUGUUAAACAAAGGCUUCAAAGAACAGAUUUAUGAUGUAUAUAGAUAUUUGCCACCUGCAACUCAAGUAGUAUUAGUGUCUGCCACAUUGCCACACGAAAUUCUUGAAAUGACAAGUAAAUUUAUGACAGACCCUGUUCGGAUCUUGGUCAAACGUGAUGAAUUGACAUUAGAAGGGAUAAAGCAGUUCUUUGUUGCUGUAGAAAGAGAAGAAUGGAAAUUUGAUACAUUGUGUGAUUUGUAUGACACAUUGACAAUAACACAAGCAGUCAUUUUUUGUAACACUAAACGUAAAGUAGAUUGGUUAACAGAGAAAAUGAGGGAGGCGAAUUUCACAGUUUGUUCUAUGCAUGGUGAUAUGCCUCAGAAAGAAAGAGACAACAUUAUGAAAGAAUUCAGAUCUGGUCAGAGUCGUGUAUUAAUUACAACAGACGUUUGGGCAAGAGGAAUAGAUGUACAACAAGUAUCUCUUGUAAUCAAUUAUGAUUUACCCAACAAUCGUGAGUUGUACAUUCAUAGAAUAGGUCGAUCGGGUCGUUUCGGCAGAAAAGGUGUCUCCAUUAAUUUUGUCAAAACUGACGACAUCAGGAUUCUGCGAGAUAUUGAACAAUAUUACUCCACACAAAUUGACGAAAUGCCUAUGAAUGUAGCGGACUUAAUAUAAACUGUAGAACUAAUGAUGGUUUUGAUUAAGACUUUAUGCGAAAAACAAUUUUUCGCACUUCACUUUCAUUGUAUUUUGCUUUUAUACAUUUCUUUGAUUACAAAAUGUGCAUUUAAGGGUGAAAUUACUCUCAGAAGAGUAUAUCACUCUUAAAGGAUGUAACUAAGUAUAUGUAUGGGCACAUUUUUAAUUUUCAAAAGCACUAUGUUAAAUGUAAAAAUAAACAUAAAUGUUAUUGAUUUUGUAAAGAAUAACAAAUUAACAGAAAUAGAAGGAUGAAUCUAAACAGAAAAAAUAUAAAAUUACUUUGUACCUUGUAUUACAAUAAUUAUAUUAUAUUACUUGUAUUUAACAGAUGAUGGAGCUAAUAAAAACAUUUAUUACAGUA